AUGAGUUGGUCGGAGUACCUCGCCAGCAGCUUGGAGAAGUUUGACGUGAACCUCGAUAAUUGGGCCGACAUCCCUGACCGGGCGUCUGCGGGCAUCCGAACGCCAUACGGUUACAUAGACAUGAGCAUCAUGCCCGUUACGUACGGCACCGUUCAGAGCCCCAGUUUCUGGGAGAAGCUUAAGACUUUCAGCGUUCCGCUGGAAGGACCACUUUGGGGUCUCUUCCUCGUUAUCGCGUUGUUGACAUCCUUGGCUUACUUCUUCCUGGAGAGGGACGAAUCGGGCGAUGGGUGGACUGCAGAGGAUCCGGAUGAAUACAAGAUUGAGCAGAGCAUCGUAAUGGGCUUGACAACCCUGACGCAGGUUGGGACUUUCACUCCGCGUACGAUGGCAGGGGAGGUCUUGAUGCUGACCUUCACGUUCUUCGUCAUGAUUUUAUUGGCUGCGUACACAGCCAAUCUCGCGGCAGUGUUGGUGGCAGCAGAUGAGGUCCGCGCGUGCGAAACUUUACAAGAGUGCACGAGAGGGAGACGUAGGUUGUGCGUAGCUGAAGGCAUCCACGUGGACUACCUGAAGGAAGCUCAUCACAAGCUGUACACACACAACAUGCUAGUGGCUUCCGACCACGACCUCAAAAUGAAGAACUUACUUGAUGGCAAGUGCGCGGCUGCCCUUGAUUCAGUUUCCGAAUACCGUCUGGCAAAGGAAGACGACAAGCUGAACCCUGGUUGCACGCUGAGAUCAGUCGGCGACUUCCCUCUGGCGACUUUCAAAGGUGGCUGGAUGGUCAAGAGUGACGAUUUUACCGAAAGGUGCACUGCACUUCUGAGGGAUUCCCUCGCCGAUCUUUUCCUCGAGCUGGAAAAGGACGGUCAGAUCGCGGACCUCGAGGCAAAAUUCUACAGAGAGUCGAUGGUGGAAGGAUGCGACGAUAAUGGCAAUCCAGACUCGAAAUUUUCUGAGACGGACAGUUUCCCGAUCGAGAGCAUGCUUGGGCCUAUCAUCAUCCACUUGUUUGGCGCCAUCCUCGCGUUUAUAUUAUACUUCCGCCGCAAAGCAAAGAAUGAAUCGCACCCUGUGGCGAAUCAGAUCCCCAGUGACGCCUGCAGUGACAUUCGCCCGCUGAGCGGCGCUGACGCCAGUGACAUUAGCUCGCUGACAGCCGAGAUGGGUGCUUUAAACGCAAAGCUGAGCCACCUGUUCGAGAAGCUCAGCUAA